UCCCACAAAGCCUUAUUUAUCUGGGAAAAAAAUUCCCCGGAAAGAGAAGGAAAAUAAAAGAGAUAGAGAGAAAAUAUCAUUCUCGUUGAAACUACCUGCAGAAAAAUCAGAAAACAAUGAGUUAUUACAAUCAGCAACAGCCUCCGGUCGGUGUUCCUCCUCCUCAAGGUUAUCCACCGGAAGGAUAUCCGAAGGACGCUUAUCCGCCGCCCGGAUAUCCUCCACAGCAAGGAUAUCCUCAAGGUUAUCCUCCUCCUUAUGCACCUCAGUAUGCUCAGGGGCCGCCGCCUCAGAAACAGCAGAGCACUGGUUUCAUGGAGGGCUGUUUGGCUGCUCUGUGCUGUUGUUGCCUGCUGGAUGCUUGCUUCUGAAGAACCGAGCUUUUGCCGGCCUUAAUCGAAUCAAAUGCUCUUCAUUUUCGCAUGUAUCUCUCUCUUUUCUUCUUGUUUUCUAUUGAAUCGGACCUUUGCUUGGAUUUAAAA